AUGUUCUCUUCCAAUGCCAUUUCGUCUAGCGAACAAUAUGAUGCGUACCAUCCAAGUCCUGCGCCGCCCAGCCGACCGCUUGACGCUCCCGCGUUCGCAAACAUCGAUUAUCCAACCUAUUCGCUCGAGUCGGGUAGCCACGCGUCCGCCUUCCCAGACGACCUCCCUGUCCUAGGCAGCACAGCUAGCACAGGGCACCCAUCAAGUCGACCCUCCUGUCCCGCCAAUCGCCUGCUGCCUGACCCCCUUCAAUUGCCAAUGGAGGAAGCCAAUACAUCGUCGGGCGUCCUGCAGCCCUCGCCGAGUUUCUCAUCAGUAGAUGGAAGCACCCCGACAGUGCAUCCAUCACCACUUUCCGCCGCGGAUCAACAGUUCGCCCGCGUCGAAGUCCCUGUCGCCACCGUACCGAUCCGAGUUUCGCCUUUGACGCCAGCGAAGAGGCCGAUGGGCCCUAGCCUCCACGAACAGAGCAAGGCUAUCCCUAAGCGCAACUGUCGCAAAUCCGAACGACUUAUGCACGAGCAAUGGGCCCAGAAAAGACACGACGAAGAGCUCGAGUAUUGUAUCCGACACAAUAUUCGACUCGAUUAUUUGAGGAGCAUUGUUGCGCCCGUGACUCGCCUUGGCUCUCCCACUUCCUGGAAUGACUUUGUGCAGAGCAAGUACUUCGAAUCGCUGGCAGUUCAAGAUGGAUUGGAAGGUAGGCACAGCUCUUGACUACCUGACUACCUCGUGCUAAAUUCUAGCAUAGCCUUGCACUACGCUGUUGUUGAACUAACGGGCUGGGUUGGUCCGCUUUAGUGCCGACCAAUUUGGUGGAGAGGGUUAAGCUCGCAAAGCCAUAUUGGAACGACAUAAAGGAUGACGCAGAGGCGAUGACGAGGUUUGACGCGGCGCUUGCCUUGGAGCGUGAGGAAGCGACGCAAGCAACGCAAGCGACCGAAGGUUCAUCCUCCAUCAAGAUCGCCAGAAACAAGCCGAUGAGUCACGAAGCCAUCAAGAAAGCGCGCCGAUGCAUGCAGGCCGCGUUGGAAACCAUGGUGAGUCCAAGCUCAAUUUGAUACUGCUCACAGUAAAGUAACUGAAAGGAUCAUAACACCCUCAAAACCAACCCAGAGCACUUCAUAUGCGCAAAAAUAUGGACUCCAAUUGUUUGCUGUGGUCUCUUCUGAUCUUCCUGAACUCAAUAAGGAGCGUUUCAUGGUCGCGAGCCCCGGUGGUUUGGCCUUUGCCUAUCGACAAGACUGGGGCGAUAGUUUGGGUUCAAGACAGCUGCUCUCCGACUUCGCGGAUUGCGUUACCGGUAGAGCGUUCUUGGAGGACAAAAAGGCCGAAUUGGAAGCAGCUGGUCAGUAGGUGCACGCGCCGACAGACUAUUGUCACUUGCUGAUUGACGUCCGUUACGCUGUCACGCAGUUUGGGAGGCGCCACUGAAGGAAGCGAAUCUUGA